CCCCACCCCCGAAAGUUUCUGGAUUCCGGAGAAAGCAGCUCCCGGCCCGGCGCUCGGGAAACUUUGCCCGCGCGAUGAGCGCCCCGCCGCUUCUGCGUCCGCCCAGCCCGCUGCUGCCCGUGGCGGCGGCCGCCGCAGCCGCUGCCGCCGCGCUGGUCCCGGGGUCCGGGCCGGGGCCCGUGCCCUUCCUGGGCCCCUCGGCGGCUCCGGCGGGGGGCCUCUCGUUCCAUCUGCAGAUCGGCCUGAGCCGAGAGCCCGUGCUGCUGAUGCAGGACUCGUCCGGGGACUACAGCCUGGCGCACGUCCGCGAGAUGGCUUGCUCCAUCGUGGACCAGAAGUUCCCUGAAUGUGGUUUCUAUGGACUAUAUGAUAAGAUCCUGCUCUUUCGACAUGAUUCUACCUCUGAAAACAUCCUUCAACUGGUGAAAACUGCUAGUGAUAUCCAGGAAGGUGACCUUAUUGAAGUGGUCUUGUCGGCUUCUGCCACCUUUGAAGACUUUCAGAUUCGUCCCCACUCUCUGUUUGUUCAUUCAUACCGGGCUCCAGCUUUCUGUGAUCACUGUGGAGAAAUGCUUUGGGGGCUUGUGCGUCAGGGCCUUAAAUGUGAAGGAUGCGGUCUGAAUUACCACAAAAGAUGUGCAUUUAAAAUCCCGAACAAUUGCAGUGGUGUAAGGCGGAGAAGGCUCUCCAAUGUUUCCCUCACUGGGCUCAGCACCAUUCGCACGUCAUCUGCUGAGCUCUCUUUCAGUGCCCCUGAUGAAUCUCUCCUGUCUCCUGUAAGUCCUGGCUUUGAGCAAAAGUCACCAUCAGAGUCAUUUAUUGGUCGAGAGAAACGGUCAAAUUCUCAGUCGUACGUUGGAAGGCCAAUUCAGCUGGACAAGAUUUUGAUGUCUAAGGUGAAAGUGCCACACACAUUUGUCAUACACUCGUACACGCGGCCCACCGUGUGCCAGUACUGCAAGAAGCUCCUGAAGGGCCUCUUCCGGCAGGGACUACAGUGCAAAGAUUGCAGAUUCAACUGUCAUAAACGCUGUGCACCAAAAGUACCAAACAACUGCCUGGGAGAAGUGACCAUCAAUGGAGAUUUGCUCAGCCCUGGGGCAGAACCUGAUGUGGUCAUGGAGGAGGGAAGUGAUGACAAUGACAGUGAAAGGAACAGUGGGCUCAUGGAUGACAUGGAAGAAGCCAUGGCCCAAGAUGUCCAGAUGGCCAUGGCAGAAAGCCAGAAUGAUGGUGGGGAAAUGCAGGAUCAAGACCCUGACCAUGAGGACUCCAACAGAACCAUCAGUCCAUCCACAAGCAACAACAUUCCCCUCAUGAGGGUAGUGCAGUCUGUCAAACACACGAAAAGGAGAAGCAGCACAGUAAUAAAGGAAGGAUGGAUGGUCCACUAUACCAGCAAGGACACACUGCGGAAGCGGCACUAUUGGAGAUUGGACAGCAAGUGCAUUACACUCUUUCAAAAUGACACUGGAAGCAGGUACUACAAGGAAAUUCCUUUAUCAGAAAUAUUAUCUCUGGAACCAGCAAAAGCUUCAGCACUAAUUCCUACUGGAGCUAAUCCCCACUGUUUUGAAAUCACUACAGCAAAUAUAGUGUAUUUUGUGGGAGAACACAUGGUGGUCAAUCCUUCCAGCCCCCCGCCAAACAACAGCAUCUUCACCAGUGGCAUUGGUGCAGAUGUGGCCAGGACGUGGGAGACGGCCAUCCAGCAUGCCCUCAUGCCCGUCAUCUCCACAGGCUCACCUGCGGUUUCAGGAAACAACUCACACAAAGAUAUUUCUAUAAGCAUUUCAGUAUCAAAUUGCCAGAUUCAAGAAAAUGUGGACAUCAGCACAAUAUAUCAGAUUUUUCCUGAUGAAGUACUGGGUUCUGGACAGUUUGGAAUUGUUUAUGGAGGAAAACAUCGUAAAACAGGAAGAGAUGUAGCUAUUAAAAUUAUUGAUAAAUUAAGAUUUCCAACAAAACAAGAAAGCCAGCUUCGUAAUGAGGUUGCAAUUCUCCAGAACCUUCAUCACCCUGGUGUUGUAAAUUUGGAGUGUAUGUUUGAGACGCCUGAAAGAGUGUUUGUUGUUAUGGAAAAACUCCAUGGAGACAUGCUGGAGAUGAUCUUGUCAAGUGAAAAGGGCAGGUUGCCAGAGCACAUAACGAAGUUCUUAAUUACUCAGAUACUAGUGGCUUUGCGGCACCUUCAUUUUAAAAAUAUCGUUCACUGUGACCUAAAACCAGAAAAUGUGUUGCUUGCAUCAGCCGAUCCUUUCCCUCAGGUUAAACUUUGUGAUUUUGGUUUUGCCCGGAUCAUUGGAGAGAAGUCUUUCCGGAGGUCUGUGGUCGGUACUCCAGCCUACCUGGCACCUGAGGUUCUAAGAAACAAGGGCUAUAAUCGCUCCCUAGACAUGUGGUCUGUUGGGGUCAUUAUCUACGUAAGUCUAAGUGGCACCUUUCCAUUUAAUGAAGAUGAAGACAUACAUGAUCAAAUCCAGAAUGCAGCCUUCAUGUAUCCACCCAACCCUUGGAAGGAAAUUUCUCAUGACGCCAUUGAUCUUAUCAACAACUUACUGCAAGUGAAAAUGAGAAAGCGUUACAGUGUAGAUAAAACCUUGAGUCAUCCUUGGCUACAGGACUAUCAGACUUGGUUAGAUUUACGAGAGCUAGAAUGCAAAAUGGGAGAACGCUACAUUACCCAUGAAAGUGAUGACUCAAGAUGGGAACAGCAUGCAGGCGAACAGGGGCUACGGUAUCCCACACACCUGAUCAACCCAAGUGCUAGCCAAAGUGAUGGUCCUGAGACGGAAGAAAAAGAGAUGAAAGCCCUCAGUGAGCAUGUCAGCAUCCUCUGAGUUCCAUCCCUUAUAAUCUGUCAAAACACUGUGGAAUUAAUAAAUACAUACAGUCAGGUUUAACAUUUGCCUUGCAGAACUGCCAUUAUUUUCUGUCAGAUGAGAACAAAGCUGUUAAACUGUUAGCACUGUUGAUGUAUCUGAGUUGCCAAGACAAAUCAACAGAAGCAUUUGUAUUUUGUGUGACCAACUGUGUUGUAUUAACAAAAGUUCCCUGAAAUGCUAAACUUGUUGUUGUGAAUGAUUCAUGUUAUAUUUAAUGCAUUAAACCUAUCUCCACUGUGCCUUCGAAAAUCAGGUUUUUUUUUUUUUUUUUUUUUUCUCUCUCUCUUAUAGGAGCCUCAUUUUGGUAAGAGACAGAACCUGUCCAUGAAAUUGUUCUGUUCAGUAUGUCUCAUUUGUGGUGGUGUAAACAAACUCUUGAAGAGUCAAUAAUUGCCAGUGUUCUAUGAACAACUCUGUACACUUGGAAAGCAAUGAAAGAUGGGAAGGGACAUAAAGUUCUAAGACACAAAUGCAUGAUGAUGAAUUUUACCAUAUGGUUUCAAAUCCUUUGCCUGCCUGGUGUGCCUCAGUCUAUUUCAGCUCAAAUACAUGCAACUAGGUAUGCAGAACUGCUGUUCUUAGCCUCAAUGCCUUAGAAAUGUAAACUGGUAUACACAACAGAUGUUUCUAUUUCUUAUAAUGACCUUCUGUACUAUGGAAAACCAGAAACUAAGCAACCUUUUGCCCUUUGUAUAUUUUUCAAUAACAACAAAUAAAUAUUCUUAUCAAAGCAUA